AUGGAGAAUGAGAAGAAGAUGAUCACGUUGAAGAGCUCCGACGAUGUAACCUUUGAAGUCGAAGAAGCGGUCGUACUUGAGUCUCAGUUCUUGUCGCAUCUUGUUCAAGAUUGCCCCGCUCCUGAACACAAGAUCAAGGAAGUCACAGGCAAGAUCCUCUCGAAGGUGGUCGAAUACUGCGAGAAGCACGUCGUUGUCGUCGUCGACGGUGGUGAUUCUUCUUCUUCCUCCGGUGAUGAUCUCAAGAAGUGGGACGAUAAGUUCAUCAAGGAGAUGGAUCUGUCAACGGUCUACGAUCUCAUCGCGGCAGCUAAUUACCUAAACAUCCAAGCUCUUCUUGAUCUCAUGUGCCAGAGAGUCGCUGACGUGAUCACAGCAUGCAAGGACCAUAAGGAGAUUCGCGAAACGCUCGGCAUCGUGAGUGACUAUACCGCAGAGGAAGAAGCAGAGGUUCUUAAGGAGAACGAGUGGGCUUUUGAUUGA